UUGGAUGCUGUCAGGGAACAACAAGAGGAAUUGAUGCGACUGCAUUUUGAGUUGGAUAAUAAAAUGCAGGGCACAACUGGUCCUAUCUCAGGUCGUAAUCGACAGCAAGCACGACGUUUAUUAAUGGAGGAAGGGAGGAAGACGUCAAAAUCGAACUUGUCGACUCUGGUGAACAAAUUGGAGGCUCUGAGUCACUCAAUGUAUGUUCAGCUUCUGGAUUUUCAACGUGUUUUCCCUUCUCUUUUGUAG